AUGAUGCGAAUUCAAUGGUUUACAAAAAAUGUGCUUUCAAAUUUACGAGGAACCUUGAAAGCACAAGAAAGAGGGAUAAUGACUUCCUCUGUUCACCAACUGAAAGAAAUAAAAGAAACCAAAGAAGGUAAAAUCCUUGUUGUAGAGGGAGUGAAUGUGUCAUCGCCUCGUGAACCGUACUUGAUUAAAGUACCACAAGGAGACGAUAAACCAUGCCCAGUGUGCAGCCUGGGUUUAGAAGUUAAACAUACAGAUGUUUUGAUUUUAAGUCAAUUUGUGCGUCCAGAUGGAUGCAUGUUGCCCCAGCGAAUCACUGGAUUGUGUAUUGCACAACAGAGAAGAAUAGGAACAUUGGUGACCAUGGCUCAGAAAGCAGGACUUAUGCCUAAUUUAGCACCAGAUUUUAGCAAAAAGGAUCCAAAGAAAAGGUACAAAUGGAAAAAAUGCAAUACAUAUUUUGAUGAAAAAACUAUCUCUGUAGCAAGACCGAAAUAUCUCAGGAAGAGAAAGUAG